GCAAAAUUCGACCAUUCGGCAUUACGGACCGCCGACGACGGCGUCCAACUUUAUUAUUAUAUAAAUAAGUAUAAUUAUUUAAUUAAAGCGUGCAAAAUGUUAUUUAAACACUCCAUAAUUUUGUGCUUCUUGACUAGUGUUUUUGGCGUUAGUAUAAAGACGGAACCUCACAAGCCGCGAGUAUGCGUGAUAGGCGCUGGCAUAGCGGGUCUCAACUCGGCGUACUACCUGAAGGAAGCAGGCCUGAACUUCACAGUUCUGGAGGGAACCCAGUAUGUGGGCGGCACCUGGAGAUACGACCCCCGAGUGGGCACUGACGAGUUUGGGGUGCCCAUACAUACCAGCAUGUAUAAGCAUUUGAGGACCAACUUACCGAAGCAAACAAUGCAACUAUCAGGGUUCCCCAUGCCUGACGACUACCGCUCCUUUGAAACCUGGAAGCGGUUUUACGAAUACUUGAAAUCAUAUGCCAAGAAAUUCGACUUAGAAAAAUAUAUGAAGUUUAAUCACCUUGUCGAGUCUGUAAAACGGGAAGAAAAUUCAUGGAAAGUAAAAUCCAAAAACUUAAAAACCGGAGAAUAUGUUAUGGAUGACUGUGAUUUUGUGUUUGUGGGAACUGGUCACCAUCAUACGCCUAACAUGCCAAAUUUCCCCGGCGAAGAGUUAUUUAAUGGAACCAUAAUUCACAGCCACGAUUUCAGAGACACAGUACCUUUUGAAGGCCGUCGCGUGUUGGUAGUUGGACGUGGACCUUCAGGCCUGGACAUAAGUGUGGACAUCGCUUACGUCAGCAAGAAAUUAGUGCACAGCCAUCAUAGCAAGACUAAAGUCGGAACUCCGUUCCCGGACAACUUUGUAGAGAAACCUGAUGUGGCGAGGUUCACUGAAAACGGCGCGUAUUUUACUGACGGCUCUUUUGAAGAGUUGGAUGACGUCGUUUACUGUACAGGUUUCAAAACGGCCCUUCCGUUCCUGGACGAGUCGAGUGGGCUGACCAUGGGAUCCCGCUACGUAUACCCGCUCCACCACUACAUGGUGAACAUCAACCAGCCCACCAUGGUGCUGCUGGGAUUCGUCGAGCUGGCGUGCACUGUCACCACCAUUGGGGCUCAGGCCAGAUACGCCGUGGCGCUCGCCACUGGCAACUUCACGUUGCCCUCCAAGGAAGACAUGAUGGCGAAGUGGCAAGCGCGGGCUGACAGCAUCAAAGAGAAGGGACGACCAAUGAGUGACAUUCUUGUUAUUGGCGAGAAAGAGAACGAAUACUACGAAGACAUCUCCAACGAGUCAGGCACGUACAAGAUCCCGCCAGUCAUCUACAGCAUGAGGGACGUGGACCAGCAGUCCAUGAUGGAGAACUGGUACACCUUCAGAGAGUACGAGUACCAGCUCAUCGACGACCACACGUUCAGCCGGUGCCUGCAAGACCCGAAGAGCAAGACACCCUGUGUGCAGAAGAUACACGGCCAGUGAUUGUACCGGCGGUCCUACAAAUCAUCAUUUUAAAUGUAACCUUCUUAUGUGAAAUACGUUAAUAUUGACGUCUAUUAGAUUGAGGAACGGAUCAUGUAGGACAUUAAAUGAAAUAAAUUUUAUCUUUU